AUGAAGCAAGUGUCGACCUUGUCUCCUGUGGGAGAUGCUGCUUUGUCAGAGCUGGUCAUACCUGCUCUCCACCUGGUAGGCAGAGGCAAUUACACCUGUGGGGCUUCCAAAUUCAUUGGCAGGAGCACCCUUGUCAUCUCCCUCUAUGUCCAGCCUGUCCCAUUCUCGUUCCUCCCCUCAAAGGCUAAUGCCUUCCUUGACCUGCGAGUCAUUAAGAAGAGAGUGUAUGGGGGCCUGCUGGAGUGGUUUGCAGGAAUCGACACCCCCUAAGCAAAGUGGUUCACCCUCUAUAUUGCAUCGGAUGGAGCCCUAAGGUAGGAGGUAGUUCACACUGGCCCUGGGAUCAAUGCAUAUGCUGUGAAUGACUUGCUCCCCAGCACAAAAUAUGAGGCAUGUCCUCAGCCCAGGGGUCAGCCCCCACACCAGGGGAGGUGUGUGGUCUUUGUGAUGGGUCAGGACCUCAGCAGGCCAGAGGGGCGGAAGCGCCUCCUGUAUAUCACAGUGGUCCUGUGUGCUGUGCUGCUCACAGCACUGGUGGGCGUCUACACCUGGGCGCCCUGCAGCUGAGAGUGGGGCCUGUGCUGCUGUCUUCAGAGCAGGAAAGACCCCAGGUGUCUCUGUGCUGAGGAGCAGCAUAGGGAUGGCUCCUUCAGAGACCACACUGCUGUCUGUGAAGAAGGCCUGGGGCACAGAGACACUGAUGGUGGCGAAGAGAGAGAGGUAGUGACUGAAGAGCCCAGGCCAGGUGUGCUGUGGGGUGGGCCUCUGGCCCCUAAGCGAACUUUCUAUGGCAGCUUAACAUAA